CGUCUUCCUGGCUCCGGACGGUUCUCAGUGUCUCUCAGGCUUCUGUGUUGGAACUGCAAAAUGUCUUCAGGAAAUGCUAAAAUCGGGCACCCAGCCCCCAACUUCAAAGCCACAGCUGUUAUGCCAGAUGGUCAGUUCAAAGACAUCAGCCUAUCUGACUACAAAGGAAAAUAUAUUGUGUUCUUCUUUUACCCUCUUGAUUUCACCUUUGUGUGCCCCACGGAGAUCAUUGCUUUCAGUGAUAGGGCAGAAGAAUUUAAGAAACUCAACUGCCAAGUGAUUGGUGCUUCCAUGGAUUCUCACUUCUGUCACCUGGCUUGGAUCAACACACCCAAGAAACAAGGAGGACUGGGACCCAUGAACAUUCCCUUGGUAUCAGAUCCUAAACGCACCAUUGCGCAAGAUUAUGGGGUCUUAAAGGCUGAUGAAGGCAUCUCAUUCAGGGGCCUCUUUAUCAUCGACGAUAAGGGUAUCCUCCGACAGAUCACUGUAAAUGACCUCCCUGUUGGCCGCUCUGUGGAUGAGACUCUGAGACUAGUUCAGGCCUUCCAGUGUACUGACAAACAUGGGGAAGUGUGCCCAGCUGGCUGGAAGCCUGGCAGUGAUACCAUCAAGCCUGAUGUCCAGAAGAGCAAAGAAUACUUCUCCAAGCAGAAGUGAGCACUGAGCCAGUUAGUGGUAGGCUGCAGCAUGCAACCAUGAGAACAAAAUCUUUUUGUAC